ACGCGAAUUUGAUUUCAAUUUUUUUCAUUUCAUUUAAUUUCUCUUUAUGAUUUUAUUUUAACUUAAUUUUGAUCUCGUCCGCAGAGACGUUUCAUUGUUUUUUUUUUCGAAUUUUUCUAUGCGCCACGGCCGCGCUCGUUCCAACUCAGUGGACUUGUUUGUUUAGUAUUUGUUGGUCUCUGAUUUAUCAUUUCGUAUCGAGUAAGAGUUGUUUUGGAAAUAAACACUCAUUGAACAUAUCCCUUGCUGUUGUAUACGCUGCUUCACGGUCGACAGAUACCCGCUACUACUACUACUGCAGUACUGCUACUACUAGGAUUACAGCUACAAUACUACUACUACUACUACAACAACGCUUCUGCAGUCUGUGAGAAAGCAAACAUUAAGAAAUCCUAGUUAAUUUUAUUUGGACACUUGCCAAAUUGGGCAUUUAGCCAUCACCAUUUAUUGCUCAGGAUACACAUCGCUUGAUAAGACGACUUAGAUAAUAAAUUAUAUCAAUUAAAGAAAAAUAAGUCAAUAUGAGUGUAAUAAUUAGAUUGCAAAAUCUGCCUUGGGCUGCCAACGCCGCGGAUAUCAGACAGUAUUUUCAAGGAUUGUCGAUACCCGAAGGUGGAGUUCAUAUCGUCGGUGGUGAAAAAGGCGACGUCUUCAUCUCAUUCAGUACCGACGAAGACGCUAGACAGGCUAUGCUUUCUGAUGGUGGAUGCAUCAAAGACGUGCAGAUCAGACUGCUGUUGAGCUCGCGUAAUGAAAUGCAAAAAGUCAUCGAUGCCGCGAGACAACAGACCUUAUACAACGCUUACAUGCAGCAAAAUUUGAUGCAGCAGCCACAGCUCCCUAUAGUUGGGACGUUGCCACCGUUGACUGCUAAGGUCUUACCGCAGCCACAACAACAGGUAAGGCCCGGUCUAGGUCCACAGAUGUUACGCAGACCACCUAUAAUUGACAACAUGUCGGUACUCAUGCCCCAAGACAAACAGCAACAGCAACAGAUGCAGCAACAGCUUUUGUCUCCGAAAUCGUUGGAGAGCAGAGAUCGCGACGACAAGAGCCAUAAACGUGGUGACCGGUCUCGAUCGAAAUCACGGGAGCGGCGGUCAAAGUCGUCUCGCAGUGGAGGCAGUAGACGGGACAGGUCAAGGUCUAGAGACCGGCGGCGGCGGGACAGGAGCCGAGGAAGAGACAGGUCCAGGGACAGGUAUCGUGGUGGAGAUGGAAGGAGCUCGUCGAGCCGAGGAAGCGGAGGCAAAUCGCAAAGGUCGCGGUCGCCAACUGCCAACAAAGCGAUGGACGGCCCACCGGGCAAGUUGGUCGGUGAACAACAGCCACAAAUCAAUCCUUGGUCCUGUCAAUAUGAAAACUUGCAGCCACAGCAGGCGGCUAUGGCAGUAGUAGAAAACCAUCAGCCAGUAAAUAUGAUGAACAACAUCAUACCCGGUGGCCUUGGCGGAUUCACGCAAUUCAGGACGCCCCCCCAGCCACCUAUCAUCCCUGUCAUACUUCCUCCGAAUUCUUUUCAUCAACAACAACAACAACAACAGCAGCAGCAACAACAACAACCACCUCCGCUGAUGAGUAGAUGGGGGUCGAGUGGUGGAAACCGCCCACAUCAGCAGCAGCAACAACAGCCGUACGUACCCGACAACGAUUUUCGCGCAGGUGCAUACGUCGCUGGAGGCGGCGGCGGUGGUGGUAGCGAUGACGAGGACGAUCGACAAACAGAAUUCGACAACAAUUUCCAAGGAAGGUUCAAUGAAAACGCCGCCUCAACUAUGAGGAGAGGGCCGCCUGGACAAGAUUUCCGCGAGCAACAAAGGUUUGGGCCGACAAGAGGAGGUCCUUCUAGAUUUAAUAAACCGCAGCAGGCCGUGCCACCUGUUGUGGGUCAACACAACCAAGGUGGUGGGGGAGGUCAGCGACCGUUCAACGAAUUCGGUAAUGGCAGCAGUGGUCCCAGGUUCAACCAUCAGCAGCAGCAGCAGCAACAGCCACCUAGAUAUGGCGGUCACAACAUCCCCGACAAUGGGGGCAGAGGCAGACAAUCCAGGUUCAGCUCAAUCAAUGAAAACGGCAAGCCUUCCAGGUUCAAUCAAGUACCACAGCAGCAGCCGCACCAAGACAAUGAGGACGGGCGGUCUGCCGAAUUUGAUGAGCCCAGUAAGAGGAUGGCGCCCCGAUACAACGACCGGUACAGGUAUGACGUUCGGAACGCGCAGGUCCCUCACUCCGAAGGCUUGUGUGUGGAGGUAAACAACAUGUCCAACCCGUUCUCGUAUGGCGACAUCCGCAAACUGUUCGAAGGCAUCCACAUCGACGGAUCGGCGAUCAAGAUCCAAAAGCACCGGCAGGGCGUGGCGUUCGUCCGGUUCGACAGCAACAACAACAAGAAUUUGGCCAUGAAGGUCAACGGGACCGCUUACAAGGGCAACCAUGUAGUAGUCAAACACCUGGACGACAAGGCAUACGAACGGGACAACACGGACGAUCGGCCGUAUCCGACACCGACGGCGACACUGAACAUCGUUGAUCACGUGGAUUUGGUGGACGAUGACGAUGACGAAGAUGUCGCAAGUGACCAGCCUGCGUUGUCGGUUGACAAAAAGAAACCAAAGAAAUCUAAAACCGAUGACGAAGGAAGCGACAACGACAACGAUCUGAUAGUGUGCGAGACAACCACGAACAAGGAUGGUGUGUCAGUCGAAGACGGCAACGACGAACAACGGAAGGAAUCACCGACGAAAUAUCUGAAACUCAAACAGCUUCCGGUCACGGUGACCGAGGAAGACGUAAUGAACGAGUUCGACGGUGGCACUGACGUGCGCCGCGUGACUUUUUAUCCGGACGGUGAGUUCAUGGGUGCCACGCUGGAGUUCACUAGCACGGAAGCGGCCGAAUCAGCGCUCAAGCGGUACGACUGCGUCUUGUUGGGCUCGACGCCGGUGCCCGUACAGCGGUGUACCUACAAAGAGUACGCGCAGAUCAAGCGGAAAUCCGGCGACGGCGGCAGACGCUUUUCAAGCGACAACACCAGCAGCAGCGGCCGCCACCACCACCACAGCAGCCACCAUCACCACCACCACAGCAGCAGUAGCAGUCACCACCAACAGACACAUCCACCGGCGGCUGCGUCGUCGUCUUCUCCGCCCGUGCAGGUGGCCCCACCGCCUCCGAACGUGUCGGGCGCCACGCCGGUCGUCCGGUCCAACUGCCUGUACGUGUACGGCCUGCCGACGACCGUCACCAACACGGACAUCACUCAGUUCUUCUCCGACUCCGUGCUGCCCGACAAGAUACACAUCAUGCUCAGCAAAUUCGGCCGGCCCACCGGUGAGUCGUACUGCGAGUUCGGCACCGCGCAACAGGCGAGCGCCGCCAUCGUCAAAAACCAGACCUUCAUGGGGCAGAACCUCGUGUGCGUUGAGCCCAUCAACCGUUCGCUGAUGAUCCAGGCCAUCACCAAACCGAUGCAGCAGCACUGCAACAACCAUCAUCAGGACAUGUCUUGGGGCGGUGGCGGCAACAGGCAGCAACAGCACCACCAGAGGCCGCCGCACCAUUCUCAGCAGUACGGGGGACCGUACGGCGGCGGCGGCGGAGGUCGACCGCAGCAGCAGCAGCAGUUUAACAUGAAUAACGGAGGUGGCCGCGGCGGCGGCGGCGGUUACACGCCCAGGAUACGCGGACCCGGGCCCGGGCCGAACACCGGUCCCGACGGGUUCGGACAGCCCGGAUGCGUGGUGGCCCUGGACAACGUGCCGUACCGGGCCGACGUCCAGCAGAUCGUGGAUUUCUUCGAAGGUUUCGAACUUCACAGCCAGAACGUGAUCCGGCGGUUCAACGAUUUCGGCAAGCCGACCGGCGAGGCGCGCGUCAACCUCAGGAACCCGCAGGACGCCGCUCGGGCUGUCCGGGUGCUGCAGAACAAGCCCAUUUUCAACAGGCCGGUGCGACUCACCCUCCUGUAAAUCCCGACAGUACCUGUAUUGUUGUUGUGAUGGCGUCGCCAAUGUAAUAACAAUUAAGUCAAGUAUUUUACGUGAUUCGUGUCAACCGUUUUCCCCAUACUAUUUCUAUUAUUUUUUUUUGUAUAUGAAAGUCAAAAUAAGAGGUGUACUACUGUAUCGAUUUUAUUUUUAUUUCGAUUGCUCUUUUUACUAUUAUAACGACUUAUAAUUUAAUUUAAACAUGAUGUAUAAUUUGUAUCUAAUUUAA